AGGCAGAAUACACGCGAGAGAGAAUUCUGAUAGGCGACUUCCGGCGAUUCCUUGGCGAUUUCUUAGCGAAUCCGACGAUUUCCUCUCUUUUUCCGAUUAGAUGGAGACUUCAAGUUCUAGUGAGCAAUUAUUAUAUGGACCCGAAGACCCGUCCUUGCUAAAUUUACAGAAACAUCACAUUUCACAUAAACUCAUGAAAGAGGGCACAACCCAAGUAUUUAAAGUCCGAAGGACAGAAAGCAAGACUUGGGACGUCGAAAUUCACGAGAAUGUUAGAUAUUGGCUUGACGUCUUUGGUUUCAAAGGCGUGAUCGAUUGUGGGAAGCCCAUGAAGGUGGACAACGAGCUGAUCACGGCGUUGAUUGAGCGUUGGAGACCGGAGACGCACACUUUCCAUCUACCGAUCGGUGAGGCGACGAUCACCUUGGAAGAUGUGCAAGCCAUUUGGGGCUUGAGGGCGGAUGGUCGCGUUUUCACAGGGCGUGACUAUCAUGACAACUUUUCAGACUGGACCAGCAAGUGCCGCGAUCUGUUGGGAUGGAUACCAGAUACUUCCACAGAGACAAAGCAAGGCGGUUUGCUGAUGACCGCACUGAUCAACCAGACAAGGAUGCCUCUGGGUGAUGACCUACCUAUGUACGUAUACAUCCAAAGGGCACGUAUCCAUGCCCUAAUUUUAUUAGGAGGUCUCAUUCUGCCGGACACCACGGGGUGUAAGGUGCCAUUUAUGUGGUUGAAUGGGCUUGGGGAUCCAGAAGAGGUGAAGAAUAUUAGUUGGGGAAGUGCGGCAUUGGCCUACCUUUAUCAUUAUAUGUGCGAGGCUUCCAUGGAUAAGAGAAAAGAGUUGGGCGGGCCUAUGAUGCUUCUGCAGCUAUGGGCGUGGGAAAGAAUGCCCACAUUGAGGCCUGCGUUCAUUGGACCAGUUGUACACGAGCCAUAUACACCAUGUGGCGCCAGGUAUAUAUCUAAAUAUUUAUUUAUUAAUUUAUAUUGGAUUAUUUGCUUACAUCAAAUAUAUGUACAGGUGGAAAGGAACAACGCAGAUAGGAAAUGCUCCUAGACAUUCGGUUGAGCAUU